AUGUCGGCGGGGAGUCCCUGUCCCCGCGCGCUUGAAUCUAAUGGUGGGCUGUCGUCCAAGAAUCUCAGCCUUCUGGGAAGAGGACGGUCCUUUCAAGAGCGCAGUCUUUCGAGCAACGGCGGCGGCGCAGACAUCGCCGCCCUUGGAGAUCUUCAAGGAGGUCUGAAGCACGAGUUCGAUCCUGGUCCUUCUCCCUUGGGACUGGGGAAACGGCGGGCCUCUUCGCCGGAACCGCACCUGGACUCUGUUCCUGGGAAGAGGGCUAGGAUGUCUGGCGGAGGUGUUAGAGUUGGGAGUGAGGAGUCCGAUGAUGAAUACCGACCUGGGGAUUCUAUACGCCCGUCGGAUGAGGUCGCGGAUUCCGAAUACGAUUCCCCCGUGAGAAAUAGCUUCUCGGACAAGGAGCAAGACAACGACGCUGAAGACGAAAAGGCUGAGGAUACUAGCCAUUCCAAUGAGGAGGGAUAUCAAUCGGAUGACAUGGAGCACACCUAUCACAAGAACGUAGUGCGAUGCCGUGCACGGCUAAUGCACAGUUUCCACAUGGAGAAGCACUUACUCAUCGGCAAGCUAAAUUCUCUUUCCGGUCGAGGUGACUUAAGCGACGAGAUCAAAGAUGGCCUUGUAGCAGACGUUGACCAACUCUUGGACAUUUCCAAUGAGUACAAGGAUACGUAUACCCCUUUACCUUCUCAGCAUGAUAAGCCUCAAGGUACCACGACGGAGGCUCGGCAGGGCCAUAACCUCUAUAGUUUGGUGACUCAAAACGAGAAAAAUCAAUCAAUCAAUCAGGGCCAUCUGGUUUUGGGUGGUCUAGAAAAAGAGAGUCCGCGUAAAGAAUUGGACCCUGUACUAUCUAGGUCUCGAAUACCGAGAGCUAUUCAAAGGGCAGGCAAGGGGAGCUCUAGCCUAUGCAUCCACUACACCAUCUCACAAGACACCACAACGUCAGCAGAGCUGCGUACCAAGGAAAGACUGGUAGCGAUCCAGGAUCGAAAGACUAUUCUUCCUGCGAAGUCUACCUCCUGA